GACUACCUGAUAGAAGGAUAAAUUGAUAAAAAGCUCGACGAAGUGAUAGAACGGUAGAUUGGUAGAAGGUCACACAAAGUGUGAAUAGAAGAACUAAGGGUUGGAAAUUAUAAUAAUAAGAAAGUGUGAAAGAGUGAUAAGAGUGAACUGAUAGUGUUUGUAGCAUACAAACACACAAAUGCUAUGUGAAUUUUUUGGAUUUUGAGUAUUUUUUUAAAUUUGAGUGUAGAUAGGGUGUUUCGGCUGUGACGAGAUGUGGAGAUAGACGUGUUGUGAUUCGAAGAGGGUCUGGAAUCUGCGGAUGUAGAAUUUUGGAUACGAAAUCUUGUGGAAGUGGGGAGACCUGUGUUCCAUGAUUUUGGAAUGCACCCAUAAUCAUCCCCUGACGUUGUCCGACGGCACCGCAAGCGCUUUCAAUCGGCCAUCACCCACAUUCGAUCUGGAAAAACCUCGCCACACCUGAACCAGGGUCGUCACAGUCAUUCCGUACGGAAAUAGUCUCGUUCGUGGAAUAAAUUAAUAAAUUCGCGGUGCUGGAUCGCUGCGACGGCAACGAACGAGCGACGGCCGACACCGGAGGACGUUAAAAGACGUCGCUGGAAUUCUCCAGCGAGUUUCCAGCUGGUUAACUGAACACUCAGAAUGCGUAGGUGGCGGUUGCACUUGAGAUGCUGAAGGAAGUUGGCUGUGGUAGCAGCACACCCCCUCCAGGGGAUGGUGCCAUCAGCAAUCGACAGGUCGGCGCUGGAGACAACGGCAACAGCGACGGAAACCUCGGAUGUGGAGGAUGUGGCAGAGAGAUAGCUGAACGAUGGUAUCUGAGGGCUGCAGAUCGUGCGUGGCACUGUGGUUGUUUACGCUGCUGCCAUUGCCGGGUGCCUUUGGCUGCGGAGCUGACGUGCUUCGCCAGGGACGGAAAUAUUUACUGCAAAGAGGAUUAUUAUAGGUUGUUCGCCGUAUCGAGAUGUUCUCGAUGUCGAGCCGGAAUUUCCGCCUCCGAGCUGGUGAUGCGUGCCAGGGACUUGGUGUACCAUGUAGCCUGUUUCACGUGCGCCUCCUGUGGAACCCCACUGAACAAGGGCGACCAUUUUGGCCAGAGGGACGGUCUGGUUUAUUGUAGACCCCACUAUGAGUUGCUGUGCUGCGCGGGUGAUUAUGGGAGCGCAGCCAGCAACAUCGAGGACAUCGGAUCCCCGGGGGUGUCGCCGCUUCCGGCUUAUUACAGCGCCGCCGAGCAGAGUCCUAUCGCCACUUCCGGCACGGUGCAGAAAGGACGACCCAGGAAGAGGAAGCUGUCCGAGGUCACCGGCUCCGAAUUACCCGUCACUAUGAGGCUCGCUGCUGGUGCUCUUGGGUAUUUUGUUUCAGAACUCCUCCAUCCUACCGAGCUGUCGUCGUCCAUGGAAUCGUUGGCGGCGUACGAGGCGUCUGUCGGAUCGCCGGGGCCCGUGCAUCAGAGCCAACGAACGAAACGCAUGAGAACGAGCUUCAAGCACCAUCAGUUGCGAACGAUGAAGAAUUAUUUUGCUAUAAAUCAGAAUCCGGACGCGAAGGACCUCAAGCAACUGGCGCAGAAGACGGGCCUCUCCAAGAGGGUGCUUCAGGUGUGGUUCCAAAACGCGCGCGCGAAAUGGCGGCGGAACAUGAUGCGGCAGGAGGGCAACACGACGAGCAGCAACGUCGGUUGUCCAGGUACACCGGUCCCGUCGAACACAGCCGGUUCACCAAACGUGGGACCGGCAGCCAGCAUCCUAGGGGACAGCAACAGUAUGCCGUCAACCUCGAUGGAAGAGCUGCACGCUCUUCACCACCUACAUUCCGGCGUUUCCUCUCAGGUCUCCUUCUCCGAUCUUUACUGACGACGGCUUGAGAUGGAGGAAGACAGCUACAGCAGCCUUUCCAGCCAUCUUGCAUGAAGGAUCCUUUCGGAUCGACGCGUUGUCCUUCGGGAGAAACUACGUUCGCUUUACUUUUCGUUUCCUUCUUCGCGACGUUGAUCGUUCGAGACCUUCUCUUGCGUUCCAGGCUCUCCUGGACAGCGCCGAAAACUCUGACCGAGAUCGUUCUGGUGAGUAGUCGCGGGGAGUCUUUUUGGACGGAGGUUAGGUUAGGAAGAUUUGUGAACUUGAAAAUUAAUUCAAGCUAUGUGGGUUUGAAUAAAAUAAUCGAGGGGUGGACACAUGGAGGACAGUUAGGUAAAGGAUAUGGUACUUGUGUCCAUCGUCCAUUUUGUUUAAUUAAUAUUAGCUAGGCAAGACUUGUGUCCAUCGUCCAUUUUGUUUAACUGAUGCUGGGUAAAGAACAUAAGACUUCGUCCAUCUUGUUUAACUAACAUUAUUAUGUUCAUUUUGUUUAACUAUUCAAGAAUCAUAAGACCAAAAGAUCAUAUGUUGAUCCACUUGUUGCCUAUCCUUCACCUAAAUGAUCCUUCAUAUUUUACCUUAAGAAAUAAAUGACCCUAGAAACUUCAACGACUGUCACGUGGGUUAUGUAAUGUCUAAGAGUGGAAAGAGAAAUAUGGAAAGCGAAUGUUCACCAGGAAGUUCAUCGAGGCUCUAGAUCUCUAUGACCAGGCGAAAGCCAGCAACAGCGUUUCAGCUGCGACGGAUUAUGUUUAAGCGAUCAGUGAUAAUAAUCAUAGUUCCAUGCACAUCCGAAUUACCAAAGGUACUAGGCGAUAGUUUGUCUCGUUAGCGAGACCGCGAGAUCGUCACCGUGGACAGGAAGAUGGCGGACUGCGGAACGCAAGAUGGCCGACUGCGGAACGCAAAAUGGCGCGUCGAUUAAUAUUUGUUGCUAUAAAAAAUGAAUGAAACGUGCUUACAGUAAAAUUAAGGUGCGUUUUGCCCUCUGCCCGCGGUAACGAGCUCGCGAGCUGCUUCGCUCCUCUUCUUUAGUCGAAAUCGAGUUACGAUAACAUUUUUUGAUAACGCGAGUAGCGAUAUACGGACUAGAGAAUCGCGAACGAACGACAGGUGUGUGGUAAAACGGCGUUCCUCUCCUCGUGCCAAAAAUAUACUAAGAUGCGAAUUUCUCUUCCUCUUUUUUUAUAAUGCCCAACGAAUCCAAAGUCGAUGGCGAUUUCAUACACGAAAUUUUCUUUUUUAUUAAUUUAAUAAAUACGCUUUUACUUGCUGGUGUAAGAGAAAUUUUUUUAAUUAGAAAACCAUGGUUUUUGGAUUCGAUUGAGACACACAUGUUUGACCACUGACGGACACGAAACGUGUAUAUUAAACGAACACGCAAAUUCAAGAAAUUUCAAGGAUAAAACUUAUCUGGGUUUAUAUGUUCAAUUUGUAUUAAAUGACU